UCGACGUAUGUGUCCCUAGUUUUCAUUUGUAAACAAUAAUAAGCAGGGACACCACACGUGCAAUCCUUGGGCAUAGCAAUGGAAAAUUCCGGGAUAGAACAGCCAGCGGAGAAAAAGUUGAAAGAGGAUGUAUCAACCGUAGUAAUUCCAAGUGCCCCUGGCUUUACUCCACCAACUCCGAACAGUAAAAACCAACUGAAAAAGCAAAAGAAACUGGAGCAACAACUGCUGCAGCGCAAGGAAAAGCGAAAGCAAGAAAAAGAACGUCAAAAACAAAAACGCCGAGAAGCUGCCGAAAAAGGUUUGCCCGUACGUAAUGGCCCAUCGAGAAAAGACCUGAAGAGACGUCUUGAAAAAGUCGGUGAACAGGAAAACCCUUUGCGUAUUGUUAUUGAUUUAGAUUGUGACGAUCUGAUGAAUGAACGUGAUAUGGCAAAAUGUGUAAAACAAUGUCUGCGAAUAUAUACCAUUAAUCGUCGAUCGGAGUGUCCUGUACAAUUGCAUUUUACUGGUAUUAAAACUGAUGGUAAUAUACAUAGGGUAUUGAAGAAAAAUGAUGGCUGGGAAAAUUGGCAUUUAAAAUAUCACUUUGAUGAGACACAUUUAGAGGCCUUUGACAAUAAGGAAUUAAUAUAUCUAACCAGUGAAUCUGAUAAUGUGCUUGACAGUUUGGAUGCGAAAAAUGUCUAUGUCAUUGGUGGUCUCGUCGAUCACAAUCAUCAUAAAAACUAUUGUCAUGAUCGUGCAACAAAAGCGGGCUUAAGAACGGCACGUCUUCCGCUGGGAGAAUAUGUCGAUAUGAAAACGAGAGCGGUGCUUACAACGUUUCAUGUUUUCGAAAUACUGGUACGUGUGGCCGAAGGUAAAAGUUGGACUGAUGCUAUCUUGCAAACAAUACCACCAAGAAAAGGUGCCAAACCUAAGCAGAUAGCUGGAAAUACUGCAGAAAACAAAGAGGAAACUGUUAACGAUGUUGGAAAUCAGAAUACUGCCACUGACACAGAGGAUAGUAACCAAACAAAAGAUAUAGAAACGGAAAAUAGUAAUAAUGACAAUAAAAUCGAAAGUUCAGAGACAAAUUGUGAAAUUGCAAAUGAUGAUCAAGAAUCAUCUAAAAAGGAAUGUACUGACGAAACGGAGAGAUAAUAAAGGUUUAAAUUACCCCAUCGGGGUAAUAAGCUCAUAAAAAUCA